UUUUGGUUUUGCCAGAUCCUUCCUCAAGACGGGGUACUUCAGUCUUCUCAAAAAGUAUUAAGAGUUACAUUAUAAUUAUUUACAUCCGAAAAUGGUUAUUGUACAUUUAACAGAAGUUCCCAAGGAACUGGUGCGCACGGUGCCUACGGGAUCCACAUGUCCUGAUGAAGCGGAAAUUCUGUUUCAUGAGGAUUCAGGUACUUUGGUAGUGCAGCCUGCCAAUACUGUAUUUUCAAAGUUUACCGGCAUCAUUAUCAUUAUAACCUCAAAAAACCUAUUACUUUUUGACGAAUCCUUCUCCCAAGGCUGGAGAAUUCCAUAUAAUCUUGUUACUCUUCAUGCGAAACAAAGUCAACCGAAACCAUACAUAUACAUGCAGCUGGAGGGCGAUAGCAUAGAACCGCUCUUCGAAAACACAAACGAAGAAGAUGAAGAAGAUAAUGUACUUGAACUUACGCUUUACUUGAAUAAUGUUGAAGCUUGUUACGAUGCCCUAUGCACCUGUCAAUCCAUGCAUCCAGAUUCCUCGAGCGAAACUGAAGAUGGUGAUGAUAAUGAACGAGGUAAUUCUUUACUUGAUAACGGAAACUGGAUCACUGCCGACAAUUUCUUAAGUGCGGAUGAAGUUGACGCCGACGAGCAACUGUCAAAAUGGCAGCGGACUGAACAGUAAAUGUAUAUAAACUUCUUAAAGUAACGAUGACAGUCCUCUUACCGUUCAAAAUAUAUACUAGUUUUUUUUAGACAGAUUUGUUAACACUUAUUUAAAGUCCCUGACAUCUCUUAGUUGGAGCAUAUUCUCAUUACAUGAUCAGACACCGGUUCAUACAAUUACCGCUUGUAACAGAUACUUUUCAAACAACCAACGCUCCAAUCAUUAACCGUAUAACAAAAACCAGCAAGUGUCACAAUACAGUUUCAUUGAUGAAGAUAUUAAACAAAAACGAAUCGGUGGAUGAACACAUUAAAUAAAAAAAAAUACAAAGCAAAUUAAUUAGUACUAUAUAAAUCAUAUAUGAAUCCGUAUGGACUAUCCUCUUACCGUUAUAUUCUCCAUUCCUUUACCUUGCUGGCAUUAAUAGCGUAAUUAGUGCCGCACACUAACUUCCCUACUGGUAGACCUCUACCAAGAAUAGAACAAAUCUUAAUUACA